UUUCCCUCUUUUUUUUGCCUUCAAGCCCUAAGCAAGAAAUGGGAAUUGUGCGUGUUUGGGUGGGUAUCGUGAUAUGAUAAUGCAUGCAGCCUUUACACUUUGCGCAGAGCAAGCAGCAUGAUAGUCUCACUCACACUGCUCGUGCCCAUUCAUUCAUUCAUUCAUUCAUUCGCGACAAUGAUGCUUGCUUGCUUGCUGCGGCCAGGACGGAGGAGAACUCUUUUGUAGUUAGUCAGCACGGAGGAGGAGGAGGAGGAGGAGAUGGGAGCGUGAAUCUCGUCACGCGCGGUGCAUCGCCGUGUCGUUCUGGUGCUGAGUUACGGCCAGAGGAAUCCUUGAUUCGAAGCGUAGUUUCUAAAGCUGCUGCUGAUGGCGCUAACAAUGUGCUCAUAGAGCCUUGCAUUCUUCAAACAACCAAGUCAUGCCCUGUGAAAUGCGUCAGAACUGAUCCGGUUUGUGGGGUGGAUAAGGUCACAUACUGGUGUGGAGCUGCCGAUGCAAAGUGUGCUGGAGUUGAAGUAGCUCACGAUGGGUCCUGUAAUUUAUGGGAGCUGGGUACUGCCACUAGCUCAACCACUGCUCUAUAUGCCCUGCAUUCCUUACAACUUAAUCGCAUGUUCUGCCUAGUUAUAGCAGGAUUGUUUGUUGCACUACGUGUUGUUUAAGUUCAAAGCAGCAUUUUUUUUUCCUGUUCAGCAUUGUUUUAUCCAUUGUUCCUCAACCAGCACCCGUCCUUCAAUAUUAUAAUUUUUGGAUGCAUUUAUGCCGGUACAUCUUUACGCUUUAGUAGUUACAGAUUCAGAAUUUUAAGCAGUGAGUCAAUUUCUCUUACUGAGCUACUUUUGCUCCAGUUUGUGUUCGAAGGCAUGUGUAUGUAUUUAAUGACACGACUACAAAAAGCGUGUACUGUUAUAUAAUGUAGUUCUAAGCAAAUUAUUUUUUAUGUACUCAUUAUAGUUAAAUGUUCUGAACAACUCUCAAAGGAUCAACUUUUGAGCUCA